AUGUCCGAAAUCAUCUACAAAACCCUCCGCACAGUCGAUGCAACCACAUCCAAGCCCCAACCCAGCGCAACUCGUGAGUCCAUGGAAGAAGAGGAGGAGGAGCCCACAGCCUCCACUACUAGUAGCACCAACAACAAGAAAACUGCCACCCCUAUCCUCACCAGCACAAUCUUGCUUAAGAGCUCUUCCACUCCCACCAUCGAUUCCCUCGUGCCCACUACAAUGGCAACUCUCGCCAGCAGCAGUUCCAGCUCAACCUGGAACUACCCUUACCCCAGCAGCACAGCAGCAGCCAAAGCUAACAAUAUCAACUCCACCACCUCGUCUAACUCCGACCCCGAGAAAGUCAAAGCUAAAUUGCACACGUACAAAAUUCAUUAUCGUAACAUGAUCAUCGCGUUGACGUGCUUUGCACUUCUCCUCGUCGGGUUUGCGGCGUUCAAGGCGUGGAGAUGGAAGAAGAAUCGGUCGAGUGCGAUUUUGGGGGGCGCCGCCCGUGGGGCGAGAAAGUGGUAUAAGAGCUCUUCUUCACACAAGAAUAGGAGCGAGGAUAUUGAGAUUAGUAGACCUCAGAGACCUGCUACGGGCUGGAGCCCGUUGCGCGGUCCGGGUGGGGUGCAUAUGAUUUAA